AAAUCUCGCUGUGCAUCAUCGAUAACGAGAGUUAUGAGAAGGAUGUGAUGUUUUACGUGGAGCUCGGAGAUCCGAAAUUGGAAGAAGAUGUCCAAGAAAACACCAGACAAGACAUCAAUGACAACUCCCCAAACGCAGAAAUGACAGAAGCUGAAAAGAUUGCUUUACUAGGAAGACCGAGAUUAGGGGAGCAAUACAAGACUACCAUUCGUAUCGUGGAAAGUAGAGAAUUCAAGAAUACAGUGGACAAGCUGUUUCAGAAAGCUAACGUGUCGCUGACAAUUGGCACUUCGUCAUGGAAAGAACAGUUUGUACAAGCCAUUACUGUUAGCCCUGAUGAUGACGAAAAUGUAGAGGGCGACGAAGAUGAUGAGGAUAAGUUACCGACAUGUUCUGACUAUGUGAUACAUUUCUUUACUAUUUUUUGGAAAGUUCUUUUUGCUUUCGUUCCCCCUACAGACUACGUUGAUGGAUGGCUGUGUUUCGUCUUUUCGAUUGUUGUGAUCGGCCUUCUCACUGCCUUUAUAGGCGACUUGGCUUCCCACUUCGGCUGUACUCUGGGUGUAAAAGACUCGGUAACUGCUAUUGUCUUUGUUGCUCUGGGCACGAGUAUUCCAGAUACUUUUGCUAGUAAAGUAGCGGCUGUCAACGAUAGAUACGCCGACUCUUCCAUAGGGAAUGUGACAGGAAGCAAUGCCGUUAACGUGUUCCUUGGCAUCGGGGUCGCCUGGUCGUUAGCAGCUAUCUACCACGCAGCCAAGGGUACUCCGUUUUUAGUUGACCCUGGCAACUUGGCGUUUUCUGUAACACUCUUUUGUGUCUGUGCGUUCAUAACCGCGCUUGUCCUCAUGUUGCGACGCCAUAAUGCCGUCGGAGGAGAACUCGGAGGCCCGAAGAAGUAUAAGCUGCCCACAGUCUUAUUCUUCGCCAGUCUGUGGCUCCUCUAUAUUCUGAUGUCAAUACUUGAAGCUUACGAAGUCAUUGCCGGAUUUUAACAGAAAUUCAUCGACCAAUCUAAGUUCACUAAAAGUGGAUAAAACGCACGUCUACAACUUUCCAGGAUCUUCUAUGUUGGGGAGGAUUUAGAAAAAAACGCGUUUUCUGUAUUCAGGUAAACUUCUGGUCUUUACUUUGAGAGAAACAAUUUAAACACCAAGAUUUCUUCAAACAGAUAUCAGUAGAAGGAUCAAGCUGCUUAUUCAGAAACAUCUGGACAUCCAUUUAGAAUUAGGCAAAGUAGUACCUAGUUUCACAUGCCAACGUGAACGAAAAAGUGUCCUGAACAGAUAAUAUAUUAAUGUGUUUCAAGGAGGUCUGAAAGCAAAGUUAGGAAGUAACAGUAUAUGGAAAUAAAAUGUUUACUCGUGUUAAUAAAGAGUUCAAACUUUCAAAACUGCUUCACCAUAUGAUUCUGAACAAAGCAAUUACUUACGAGGGAAAUGGUGUAUAAGGAUCCAGCAGAAUGUCAACAAUGUGCAUUGUACAUAGUGUCAGUUGUACAUGUUGUAUGUAACAAUGAUGUGUUAUUGUGUAAUUUAUAACGUUAUUCAAUUAUAUCAGCAAAUGAAGUUCUUAUAACUAUAAGUUAGGUUUCCGUGGUCUUCAAGCCACGAGUAGAGUGCCAUGACAAAGGCUUGUUACAAGACUUUUCCUAUUUUUACUAGUUAGUACCACGUGUUAAAAUAUGCUUUAAUAGCAGUUGUUGUGGAAAUACCUGAUAAUUUAGCCUCGCUAUGUUAGAAUCGAGAAGCCAAUAUCCCUGGGGAUAUUUCUCGCCAUUCACGGCUGUUUGUAAUUUAUCCAGCUCUUUCUUCCCUGGGGAUACUUCUUGUCAUUCACGGCUGUUUGUAAUUUAUCCAGCCCUUUCUUCCCUGGGGAUACUUCUCGCCAUUCACGGCUGUUUGUAAUUUAUCCAGCCCUUUCUUCUCUGGUGAUACUUCUCGCCAUUCACGGCUGUUUGUAAUUUAUCCAGCCCUUUCUUCUCUGGGGAUACUUCUCGCCAUUCACGACUGUUUGUAAUUUAUCCAGCCUUUUCUUCCCUGGGGAUACUUCUCGCCAUUCACGGCUGUUUGUAAUUUAUCCAGCCCUUUCUUCCCUGGGGAUACUUCUCGCCAUUCACGGCUGUUUGUAAUUUAUCCAGCCUUUUCUUCCCUGGGGAUACUUCUCGCCAUUCACGGCUGUUUGUAAUUUAUCCAGCCCUUUCUUCCCUGGGGAUACUUCUCGCCAUUCACGGCUGUUUGUAAUUUAUCCAGCCCUUUCUUUUCAUAAAUCUUUCUGAUUCUGCCGAAGUUUCAAACUCUCUUCAUCAAUGCCAUUGUCUGCUCUUUGUUGAAUUUUGGACAUCGUCUUUAUCUUUGUGAACUAGCAUGCCUUAUAGGUGUUUGCUCAGCUGUACUUGUGGAAGUUUAGUCGUUACAAAUAAUUCAGAUACUUCCUUCUUUCUUAAAAAAUAACAUCAAUUGCAAAAAAAGUUACAUAUUUACAAUAAAUAUCAUUUCCACUAACAUAAAUUAUGAUAGUAAAACAAAUCAAUAAUAAUAUACGUGUAUUUCACGUCACUUCUGUAUUAAUCUUUUUUAGUAGAGCAAGUUGGCAGAGAAGAUGUGUGGUACAGAUGCAGGAUGGUAAAGUGUUUGUUGUUGUUGUUUUUUAUUACUCUUCGCAUUUUGUAAUUUGGCAUUAUGGUUUUCCAUUAUGCUUAAUAUUUUAUGUUUUAGAUGUGGGGUGGCGCUGUGAGACGAACAGUACUGUCGAUCACAUAAUUAAUCAUAAAAUAAUUGAUUUAUAUUACAUAGCUAUAACCUGGGAUACGAGAUAACAAUUUUAUUUUAAAUAGAACCGAAAUCGUCAUUCUCUGGAAGGAUCAACCAGUUGAAGUUCCACUGACAUUUUUCAAAGAUAUUGUACAGUUAGUUAUAAGAAACACCUUUCUACUUUGAUAUCGUUAACAGUUUCCAGUAAGUCUGUAAAGUAGAAAAUCCUUUCCGUUUAAUUGCUCUAGUUUUUGAUAGUUGUUAUUAUUCUUAGUUAUUUCAGACUGUUCGAAACUUCAAAGAAACGUGUUUUAACUUACAAGUAUUCUGAUUAUGACACAUAAUCUAAAUCCAAACAUUUUGUUUUUCCAUUAAUUAGAAUAAAUAGUAAAUUAUUGGCAAAUGACUUUAACUGUAAUCUUCACGGUCUUACGUAUGUGUAUUUGAAAAUCAAAAAAUGAUUCGAAGAUGAAAAUGUCUAAGCUUACAGAAUGCCAUGUCAAUAGCGUGCUUUGUAUGUGGUUUCAGUUGUAAGUAUUGUGUUCUUAUGCAACUCAAAAGUUAUUCGAUAAUGACAACUUUUAAAGAUUUUUGGGUAUUAUUAAAAGUUACUGUUUCGUGAUCUUUAAGUCACGAGUAGCCAUAAUGAAGAAAGCCUUGUUACAAAACAUUUCCAAUUUUUACGCGUUGAAGCAUGCUUUAGCAGCAGCUGUCGUGGAAAUGGCAAAAUGGAAUAAAGCCCUAGUAUACAGAUUUGUUUCAGCAACACCGUGAUUAGAUUGUUACUUGUGUUUCGUCACAUCUAACAAACCACAAAAAAUAUCCAACAAAUCAAAACUUAUCUUACUUUAGUAAGCUAACUAGUCCAAUCAUAUUACGUCUUCACGAAAUCCCUGACACCAGCAGCUGUGAGUAUUUUAUUUUAAAUCAACAAUAAGUUACUGAAAACAAAGAACCGGCAUUCAAUCUAAUAAUUAAUUCUGAGCUUUCAAUAAUAAGUCUUUUUUUACUGACAGUUAACUUAAUAUUUUAACGACUUUCAUGAAAUCUGCAACACCCAAUGUUAAAACCUUCACAAGUACCCUGGCUUGGGUUGUUGUUUUUUUUGUUUGUUUGUUACUAAUUGUCUUAUUUUGAUGUUAGGUUUAUAAUGUAAUAAUUUUCUGAUACAUAUUUCUUUAGAAGUUCUCUAGAGUCUAGAACGUUUGUUAUGAUUUUAUAACAUCAAAGAAGUUUAUAUUUUUAUUUAAGUUUUCAAAUGAUUGCUGCAAGUGAUUUUACCAUUUUUUAGAAAAUACUUGGCAUUUAAUCAAAUAAUACAGGAAUACAAAUAUAUAAUUACAACAAUUUUGUUUGUUUGAAGUUAAGCACAAAAAUCACCAUGGGCUACGUGUGCUCUACCCACGGAUAUCGAAACACGGUUUCUAGCGUUGUAAAUGCCACUGUGCCGCUACCACGAUCUAACUCAUUCUCACGCUACACAGUUUUUUUAAAUGACGUUUUCAUUACAUCCCGUUUCUCUUUGUUUAUUUUUACUUACCCUGUUGAACAAGCAAUAAUUAAAAUAGUUGCACAUCUUGUUCAAAGUAAAAUGCUAGUUUUGAUAUCUCAACCAUUUUUUUUAGCUUUCGUGUUUUAAACUAUUUCUUAAGUAAAUGAAAAUUAUGUAUGUACAUAUGCUACUCGAAGCUUAUGAAUCUAUUAUAACCUGGAAAUACCUAAUGUAUGUUAUUGGAAUUAUAGUUAGGUAAUUUUGAACUGGUGUGUAGAUCUUGCAAGUUACUAGUUGAAGGAAGUUGUCGUAAACAGUUUCUCUUAAAAUAUGGUAAGUAUUUGUGAAGUAAAGAAAUACGAAGUAAAAACUUUCAGGAAAUCCACGUGGUUAUGUGUCCAAGAAAUUACUUUCCACUCUCGGUAAAAUUGGGAAUAAUGACUUCCUUCGGGUUUACUGAUUUAUAGGCUAAAUUAUAUAAAGUAAUAAAAAAUAAAACCAUUGUUCUAAAUCAAUUAUGU